AUGUAAACUUCUAUAAGGCCGUAAAUAUUUUAUAAUCUAUCAAAAUUGUCACUAUGACAACAAUCAAACAUUUUGAUUUUUUACGUGUAGCAAAGUGGACAUAUAUUUUUGUAAAUACAAUCAUGGCUGGAAACUUUAGAGGGUUUGACGAUGAAGAAGAUGUGCUGGCACCUAAAGAACCACAAGUCACGUCACAGGACCCCAAUGAACGUAAAGCUGGAAGAGCCUUGCGUAUUAAACGUAGACAAGAAGCUCUUAAAAGAGCGGAACAAGCCGCCGAGGAGGUAAGAGCGGAGGAAGAACCCGGGCCUAUUGAACAGGCGACUGCGACCGCUGCAGAGGAACUGCAGCGGUUGACGCUAGAUGGAGCUGCCAAAGUCACAAAUGUCAGAGUUACGACCGAUGAGCGCGAAGUGCUUCGCCGUGAGCUGUUCUCAGAAAAGAUGAAAAAUGCAUUAGAAAAAAUCGAGGAAGAGGCAGCAGAAGCACAAAUACAAUAUGACGCUAUCACGUCUAACUGGGAUGCAAUGUUAAAGAUCAAGGACCCUUUGGACAUCGACUUAGAGAUUAGUGAGCAGAGAAAGAAAUGCGACGCCCUUUUAGAACAGAAGAAUAAACUAAUCGAAGAUUUAAAACUGGAAUUGAAACGUACAGAUGAGGCUUAUUAUGAAGAUUUGGAUAAACAAGAUAAAGAAAUAAAAGAACUGUCGGACCGAAUUGAGAAACAAGUGACGAUAAUGCAAAGGGCGUACGAGAAGCAAUUGUCUCUGAUAGAGCAAGCCAUAAACAUGGAGCGUGACGCAAUGGUGGAGCACAAUAAUAAGCGAUGGGAGGCGCUCUACAAGCAGAGGGAUAAGGAAGAACUUGUACACAUGGACUAUAAAUAUGAACAGUUAGAAGAACAUAAGAAGGAAGUGGAAGCCAUCAUGUGGGACCAUCAUACUAAAUAUCGCGAGGCAAGAAUUGAACUUGAAAACUUAAUUCAAGAAUUACAAAAGGAACAAGAGAAAUUAAAAACAACAUGUCUUAUAAAUACGGAAAAAAUCGGAUACAAUUAUCAGGUGCUGAAGAAAAGAGAAGAGGAAAACGUAUUCGUUCGUUCGCAACAGAAACGUAAAUUGAAUAAGAUGUCUGACGUUGCGAACAGUUUGCGCGCCAAAAUUCGAAAAGCGGCGGAAGAUGGCGCCAUAGAGGAAAUGAAAGCUGACGCGGAGAUUAUAAAAUUGAUGCAGGCGAUGGAUGAUUUAGAGAAGAAAUGUAGACAUUUCUCUAAAGUGAAUAAUUACAAAUUUACCCAAGUGUGGCGUAUGUCUGAGUCGCAAUGUGCGCAACUCAGCCGCGACAUUCGUAAUACAGAGGUGGCGCUGCACGCACACAUCCUAGCGGAACCUCCGCCCCCGCCACCUCCUAAAUUCCCUAAAAACCCUUUAAUUAAAUAUGAAUAUGAAGGGCCACCCAUAGUUCGUCGUGAGACAAAAGAAGACAGCGCUAAUGCCGUAACCAAAGAUGCAAAGGAUAAACUGAUUCAGCAUAUAUUGAAAUUAGUGUCGGACAAUACUGGGUUUUUGGUGGAGGAUCGAUUAUUAAAAUUAAUCGAAAAACAUCAGCCUUCUUCUAGAAAUUUAUGCACUCUGGAUUCUAUAUUUAUGGCAUUGGAGAUUCAAGCUGAAGAGGACAUUGAACUUCUUUGCAAGACGUUUUUGAAUUAUGCAUUUUGUCCGAUUUGCGUUGGAAUGGAGUUUGGAACUAUGUCCGAUUCUCUGGAACAACUAUCUGGUGUUAGCAUACCAGUAAAGUCUGCUGUUGGCGAUAGUGACAGGUUUGGUGUCUCGGUAGGUCUACACCAGGGUUCGGCUUUAAGUCCGUAUCUCUUCCUCCUGGUAAUGGAUGCGCUAACAUCAGACAUACAGGAGGAAGCACCCUGGUGUAUGCUUUAUGCUGAUGACAUCGUGCUUGUCGGGGAGGAUGAAUGCGAGGUGCAGAGCAGGACGAAUCUCAUCCUAGUGUGUAUAAAGGAAGUAGAGUACUACCUAUGUUUAGUUGAGAGAUCGUCAACGAAGGUGAGAAGCAGCGUGAUUGCCCGGAGCGUAUCUGCCUCCACGUCUCGUUCAAUACACGUCGGAUUCAAGAGUCAUGAGUUGUCAUCGGAGGAACGCGAGCUGAUGCAGGAGGCGGAUGAGAUCAUACAAAAGUGUGGUGAACAACAAGGAAGUUCGACUGCAACGGGCAUCACUUCCGAGACGGGAGCGUCUGCGCCGGGCCGGCGUGCGGGCCGGGGAGUUACCGUCUCCUCCUUCCAGACGCUCGCCAUGGACAAAGACCAUCCAUUCCUCUGCCCAGUGGGACAUUUGCUUGAAAUCGAGCCCAUGCAAGUUCUGACUGCCCUCAACGAAUUCAUGUCUGUAUUUGUUCCGCCCGAUAGGAAGAUAUUAAACGACAUUUUAGAUAGUGUCACACCUCCUGAUUUCACAACACCGUCUCGAAGAUUGACGCCAGAUGAAAUCGAACAGUAUUGGAGUCAAUGCAAAAAUGUAUUUUCACCUGAAAAAGAUCGUUUUUGGGAGGGCCUGUUAGCUGGACUAAAUAGUUACCUGCCCAUAUUACAAGAGCGCGAACGUCUGCACGAAGAAGUGGUAGAGUUGAGAGAUCGCAACGCGGCGCUCCGUCGCCUGGUGCGCGGCGCCCUGCCCGAGCUGCCGGCACCUCGGCGCCGCAACCUGCGACGUGUCUUCACUGCUACCAUGCCUGAUUUAGCGCCUUCGCCCGCGUUCCCUCCAAUAUCAUAAAUUAUUGUUAUGAAAUUGUUUAUGCCGAAAUUAAAUGAAGACA